AUGACGGACUCUACAACUCCAGCAACCACCAGCCUGGAUGACAAAGAGCGGGCAACUCCGAUUCCCGCCCACUCGGACGAUUCUGGCCCGCUGGGAGACCCGUUAGGAGGCAUUGAGGAGAAACCGGAACAGCAACGGUCGGUCCGAGGAAUUCGAUGGCUACUCAUCUGUAUUGCCGUCUUCUCUGCCAACCUACUGUAUGGCUUAGAUAAUACCAUUGUGGCCGACAUCCAGGGCGCGGUCGCCGGUACCUUCAAUGAAUACACCCAGCUGGGUUGGCUGGGUGUAGGCUUCACCUUGGGCUCCGUUGUCUUCAUCUUGCCGCUGGGGAAGGCCUACGCGAUCUUUGAUACGAAAUGGCUCUUCAUCGGUUGUCUGUCAAUGUUCGCGGCGGGGAGUGCCCUCUGCGGCGGUGCCCCUAACAUGAAUGCCAUUAUCAUUGGUCGCGUGUGGGCUGGUGCUGGUGGUGCCGGGAUGUACCUAGGAAAUCUGAAUCUCAUCACCAUUCUAACUACGCCCAAGGAGCAACCGGUCUAUGUUGGUCUGGUCGGGUUGAUUUACGGAACCGGUUGUAUUCUCGGACCCAUCAUUGGCGGUGCUUUUGCUGACAGUUCGGCGACAUGGAGAUGGGGAUUCUACAUCAAUUUGAUCAUCUUUGGCAUCAUGGCGCCCAUCUACAUCUUCCUCCUCCCAUCCUUGCCCCGUCCGGCCGGCCAGGGCCGCAGCUUCGCCGAUCGAUUUUUGAAAUUGGACUGGGUCGGCACGGUGCUCUCGGCGGGGAUGCACGUCUCCUUCAUCCUGUUUAUCGUCUUUGGCGGAGUGCAGUGGCCGUGGACUGAUGGCCGCAAUAUCGCUCUCUACGUUGUCGCUGCUGUCACCCUUAUCGCCUUCGCUCUCAGUCAGUACUUUUGCGUAUUCACCACCAAGGAGAACCGCCUGUUCCCUGGCACAUUCCUGCGCAACCCCACGUUGAUCUUCCUCUAUAUCAUCAUGGCCUGCGGUGGUGCCGCCCUCUUUGUCGCGGUCUAUUACAUCCCCUUGUACUUCCAGUUUGUCCAUGGCGACUCAGGAAUCAUGUCUGCUGUGCGUCUGCUGCCCUUCAUCUGCUUCUAUGUCGCCACGAUUCUCCUCUGUGGCUGGCUCAUGCCAAAGACCGGCUACUAUAUCCUCUGGUACCUGAUUAGUGGAAUAUUCAUGGUUGUCGGCUCAGCAUUGAUGUACACCGUCCGCUACGAUACCAAGGCCGCCAAUAUCUACGGCUACUCCAUCCUGAUGGGACUCGGCAUGACCACCACGCAGGCGGCCUACGCAGUUGGUCCGACCAUUGUCACCGCCGACCUUGUGGCGGAGUGCAUUCAAUUCAUGAACAUUUCCCAGGGUCAGAGUCAGCUCCUCGGCUUGGCCAUAGCUAGUGCCAUCUUCCAGAGCCGAACGCUCAGUGGGCUCACUUCGCUCUUGGCGGACAAGGGGUAUUCCCUUAAUGAGAUCCAGGGUGCCAUCGCGGGAGCACAAAGUAGCCUUCUGACCGAGCUUCCUGCGGAUCUGAAGCCAAAGGCUCUUGACGUGAUUGUGCAGAGUAUCGAUGAUGUCUAUGUUAUGGCGAUUGCUGCGGGCGCUCUCUAUGUGAUCGCGUCCUGCUUCCUCCCGUGGCGUAGAUUCUAG